CGAUUGUGAUAUCUAUCCAUCUCACCCCUCCGUACCUCCUAGUACUUGACCCGCAAAGGUAUCUUACAUCACGUGAACGGAUUAGAAUGGUGAAACAUGUCCUUCUUUAUACAGCACAAGCAUGGGGACACACGAAACCUCUAGUAUCCCUGAUGAUCUUAAUUGCCGAGUCGCAUUCGGACGUCGUGUUUACAUUCAUAACCAACGUCAUGUAUCCAAAAAUCAUAGCCGAGCUCGGGAAGCUACCAAAAGAGAGAUACGAGAAGGUCCAAGGACAAAUCCAUGUGAUACACAUCCAUAACCCUACCAUGGGGCCUUUCGCCUAUCCUGGACUCAUAGACGCAAUCAGGCGAUUGUACAGAUGCGAAUAUCUCACUUGCGCUACUUCAGGGAGAACGACAACCGGGCUGCCUAAACCUUGUCUUGCUAUUAUCGACCCAUUCGUAACUUUCGCGAUAGAUGCUAUCUGUCAAAUACGGGCAUCUCCGAAAGAACUCCCAAUUUUUUGUUGGAUGUCUUCGCCUGUUGGCGCCAUGAUCCGGGCGUUUGGUCCUCAAUAUCUAGGCGGAAGGGGGGAUAUCACUGUGGAAGUCGAUAAACUUGUUUCUGAGACUGGGAGGGAUCGAGCGGAGGUUGCGAUUGAGGUGUUCUCUAACGUCAAAGGGGAAGUCGUCACCAUGCCAGGGUAUCCACCCAUGUUUGACUACGAAUGGUUCCAGCAAGAGGUUGAUCUCGGUAUGACUACCCAUUUUCUUCGUGCGGGAAGGGAGAGCAUCCAUAAAGCAGAGGGAACAUUGUUCGUAACAGCCUCUGUCAUUGAACGAGAGGCGAUAGAAGCGAUGAAAGAGUAUUUCUGGGGGAUGGGGAAGCGUUUGGUUCCUGUUGGACUGGUGUCAAGUAUGAUGAUGCCGGAUGUUCAGGUUUCCAGUGAUACGGACGAUGAAGUGGUCGUUACGUUCUUGGAUAAAAUAUAUAAGGAACAAGGGGAGAAAUCCUUAUUCUAUGUCUCCUUCGGUUCAGUCUGGUGGCCCAAAGACGCCACAAAGGUAUACGCUGUCAUUGACGAACUGAUCCAAAGACGCACUCCGUUCAUCCUUGGCCACGGAUCUCCAAGGGCUAACGUUCCCGAAGAGGUCAAAUCAAAAAUUGCAGUUUCUGGGAUUGGUUUAGAAGUAAAAUGGGCGCCUCAGGAGACGAUUCUACGGCACCCAGCCACCGGAUGGUUCAUAACGCAUGGUGGAUGGAAUAGUGUUCAAGAGGGGUUACAGUACAAGGUGCCUUUAAUAUUUUGGCCUAUGAGUGGGGAUCAACCUAUGAACGCUUCACUCAUGACGCUCAAGCAUCGAGCUGGUUUUCAGCUGAUAUCAGUUCGUACCGGGAAACAUACAAAACGGCCGUAUCGGUGUGAUUACGAACCAUCAUUUAGUGUCGAAGCGGUCCGGGAGGAGUUUCGACUUAUGGUAGAGAAAUGCAGAGGAGAAGAUGGCCGAAUGGUUAGAGCUAACUUUGAACAGCUCCGAGAGGCGGUUUUGCAUCUUUGGGACAUUGAAGGAGGAGAGGCUAGAGUGGAGAUUGAAGAGUUCUUAAAAGCCACUGACGUGAUAGUUCGGAGAUUUGAUGAAGCGUCCUCCUUUAAAGUAUGGUCAGGUUUGAGAUCCGUCUUCGUGCUGACCUGAAAUGCACAACACUACUAGUUGGGCA